AUGCAUAGAUCCGAAGCACAGUCCAGAAACCCGUCAUUCUCCUCCACUCUCCUCGAUGAAAUCUACAAUUCCAUCGAUCCCAAAACCAAAAAGACUCAACCUUUUGUCGGCUCUGUUAAGAAACAGAGCAUCAGCGUAACCAGAUCAGUUCCUGACCGGAAACUCCACCAAGAUCGGUUCUUUGGCUCUGCAUCCUCUUCCUCUGAUUCCAACUCAAGUAUUUUCUCAUCUUCCGAUACCGAACCAAGUCAUGGUACUAAGAAGAUAACUUCUUCAAGGCCGUUAUGUUUCGGCCCAUCGAAGACAAAACAGAGUAAAACAGAGGACAAAGCUCUGUUUCACCAAAACAGAGCAACCCGAGUGUUUCACGACUACGAUUACGCCUCAAGUAAUCAAAAGAAGCUCAAAACUCCAUCUUCACCUGGAGUACGAAUCGUUAACUUCAUCAAUGCCUUGUUCAGCAAACAAUCAACGGCGGUUAAGAGAUAUCCGAGGAAUACGAGCUACGAAGAGACUGCAUUCUCUAGAAAACCAACUGAUUAUUACUAUCCAUCUACGACGUGUUCUUCAGCUUCUUCCUUCUCCAGGUCUUGUUUGAACAAACGCUCCGAGAAAUCAUCCGACAGUACCAAGCCAAGCGUUAGAUUCUCUCCGGUCAAUGUGAUCGUCCCUGAGAUUGAAGAAGAAGACUAUCUCAGCAGCGGCUAUGUUAGAAAGUCGGUGAAGAAGAAUGUGGAAGAUGGAGUGAGGAGAUCAGUGGAGGAGAUUGCGAGAGAGUUUUUGAGAGAUUACCACAAGAAACAUGAAAACAGUUUGGUCAAGAAUAAUAAUGAUCUCGAGGAUUAUGAAGAUGAAGAUGAUGAUGUUGGAAGUGAUUCGAGCUCGGAUUUGUUUGAGCUGGAUUUAGUUGGAACUCAUCAUCAUAAUCUGUACCAAGAUGAACUUCCUGUGUAUGAAACCACUUUUGCUGGUUUGAUAUUGUGA